ACCGUGGGCGGUGUGUCACCGCGGGGCGGGGCGGCCCGCGCGCCCAGCACGUGACCGGUAGGGCGGGCACGUGAGUGGCGGGCGGUGAUGGCGGACCUUGUGGCGGAGGCGGACCCGGGCCUCGGGCGAGAUCUGGUGGCGGAGCUGCGGGGCCGCGACGGGCGGACGCGGACGGUGCGAGUGCCGUACCCGGCGGCGGGGGAGGGCGAGGCCGCCCAGCUGCGCGGGCUCCGGGGUGCCGUGAGCGAGCUGCAGGAGCGGGUGGUGGAGCUGCUGGCGCCGCUGGUGCAGGAGGAGCGGGCGGCGGCGGGUGGCGCGCGGCGCGGUGGCGGCGGGGAUGACGAUGACGACGAGGAGGAUGACGGCGAAGACGAAAAUAACGUGGACGCGGCGGCGAGCGGCGAUGACCCUCCACUGAAGCGGACGAAGGUGCAGCAGCCGUGAGGGCGGCGCUGGAUGCCGGGGCUGCGCCUAGCCCGUCCCGUUCGGCUGCACCGACUGUAAGUGUCCCGGGCCCGCUGCCCCGGCCGGCUCCUGCGGCGCUGCUGCUCCUGUUUAAACGCGAAGUGUCCAUCCCGACCGUGCUUUUCCGAAAGGAUGCGCCUGGGUGCGAGCAGCAUGUUGCUUACGGGGUGCCAGUGUUAUGCUAGCACAGUUUUUUGGUAAAUGAGUUGACAAGUAUAAAACUUCUUUCACAAAUA